AUGUCCAGUAUAACAAUUUCAUCAACAUCUCUUAAUGAAGAAAUGAAUCAUCUAAUAAAAUUAUGUUCAUAUAUUUCACAAACAGCUUCUCGUAUACGAUCUGAACAUCUUUCAAAUGUUUCUUUUUCACCUGAUUAUAUAAAAUACUAUCAUCAUCAAUUAUUAUCAAUAGCUGAAAAUAUUGAAGGUUCUGCUGUUUUACUUGAAUCAUUAUUAGCAAUUGAAAAACGUCGAUGUAUUUCUAUUGAAACAAAGAAAACAAGAUAUUAUUAUACACGUGAAGAUUUAUUAAAAUUACGACAACAUGUUUCAUCAAGUUUAUCCAUACAAAUAAAACACUCAUUAGAUUUAGUUAUUGAACGUGAAAGUAAUUGUAUAGAUAAACAAAGUAAAACAUUCGGAAGAGAUAUUCGAACAAUUUUAAUUUAG